AUGAUUACAUGGAAUCUUACAUAUAAUAAAAUCGGACCAAUCGGAGUAUUUUAUCUUGGCGAAGCAGUCACCACAUUAAAUAUAUCAGGAAAUGACAUUAAAGAUAAAGGAGUUGAAUAUCUUGCAGAUAUUCUACGAUGUAAUAAGACACUUACAACACUGAGCCUUAGCGAUUGUGGACUUGAAGCAUCGUGUACUCAGCGUCUUGCCGAUGCGUUACGAACUAAUAAUACACUCAUCUUUUUAAAUCUAAGUUACAAUCAAAUUGGACCUAGAGGAGCACAAUAUGUUGGUGAUGCAUUACAAAAUAAUUCAACACUAACUACAUUGUAUCUGGGAAACAACCGAAUCAGAGAUCCUGGAGUUCAAUUUAUUCUUAAUGGUUUACGAAAUAACAAAACACUUAAACAAUUUGAACUGUCUGGUAAUCAUGGCGAUUGUGUUGCAAUUGGAGUAAAUGUUCAAUUUCGAAACGACAGAACACUGACCACACUUGAUCUUAGACAAAAUCAAAUUGAAUCAACAAGUGUAAAGUAUAUUGCCGAUAUAAUCCGAACGACAACUUCACUUACUACGUUGGAUCUUGAUUUUAAUACUAUCCGAGACGAUGGAGUAAAAUAUCUUGCAGAUGCAUUACAAAUCAAUGAAACACUCAUCACAUUGUGUCUAAGUCGAAAUGAAAUCGAACAUUGUGGAGUGCAUUAUCUGGUUGAUGCCCUAAAAAACAAUACAACACUAAGUACAUUAAUUUUAUGCGGAAAUAAAAUCGGUGACAUAGGAGCAAAGUACAUUUCAGAAGGCUUAAGAAAUCAUCAAACACUAACUGUAUUAAAUCUUAAGGACAAUCAAAUUGGGUCUAUCGGAGCACAAAACCUUGUUGAAGGAUUUCAUGAUAAUAUUACACUCAAGCAACUCGAAUUAUUUGGUAAUCAUGGCGAAUGUAUAGCUGUUGGAGCAGCUGUUGGAUUACGAAACGAUAAGAUACUCACCACUCUUGAUCUUAGUCAAAAUGAUAUCAGUCCUAGAGGAAUUCAAUAUGUUGCUGAUGUAUUAAGAAAGAAUUCAACAAUCACAACACUGAUUCUCACGCAUAAUCAAUUGAGAGAUAGUGGAGUACAUUGUCUUGCAGUCGCAUUAAAAGACAAUAGUACGCUUGUUAAACUGCAUAUUGGUAACAAUCAAGUUGAAGACACUGGUGCAUACGAUAUUGCAAGUGUAUUAAGAGUCAACACAUGUGUCAAAUAUUCUUAG